AUGUUGAAUCCAUUACACGUGUUUUAUACUGCAAGUCUGGUUGGUAUAUCUGCCUUUUCAGGCUUGUUGUUGUUGUUGUACCACUGUGCACCUGUCCUGUACUACCUGGCCUCGGGGAUACUGCUGGGUUCAGUGGGAUACUGUCUGGUUCUGUACUUGGCGCCGAAGAGCCGAGUGAACGGGAACGGCAAAGCUGUCUUCAUUACAGGGUGUGACAGUGGUUUCGGAUUUGGGCUUGCCAAACGCCUGGACUCGCUGGGGUUCACGGUGUUUGCCGGCUGUCUGCUGGCAGACAGUGGUGGGGAGGGGGCGAAGAAACUCCGGGCGGAGUGCUCGAGCAGGCUGAGUACUGUUCAGAUAGACGUGACUGAUGAUGGACAGGUGAAGGCCGCUGUACAACAGGUCAAAGAUCGACUGCCGACGGGGUCAAAGGGUCUCUACGCACUGGUGAACAAUGCCGGAAUCUGGCAGCCGGGAGAGACAGAGUGGGUCAGUCUCGCCACCUACCGACGUGUGAUGGAAGUGAACACUUUCGGUACCGUGCGGGUCACCAAGGCGUUCUUACCACUGAUUCGUCGGGCGAAAGGACGAGUCGUGAACAUAUCCAGUGUGGCUGGGCUCUACGUAGCCGCAAUGGCUGGUGUCUACUGCAUGGCUAAAGCGGCCCUGGAAUUUUUCUCCGACGCGCUCAGGCAUGAGAUGCACAAAUGGGGUGUCAAAGUUGUCAUCGUGGAGCCUGGCAGCUUUGGACCGUCGACAAAUAUCCUUCUGCCCAAUGUCUACAAGCAGUACAUUGAGAACGUGCGAAACAAAAUGGAAAAGGCUGUAAAGGAGGAUUAUGGAAUGGAGUACUUCGACUUCAAGACAAAACAACUCAGGGCCUGGAUUGAUUGUCAACCUAAGGAUCCUACCCCUGUCAUAGAUGUUAUGUCGGACGCCGUUACCUUAAGCGACCCCUCUCAUCGCUACUUGGUCGGAGCGGAUUUUGAGGACUACAUAACUACGAUGUGAUUGGGGUACUUUCCCACCCAGUGGACUGACUCUACAGAGAAGGCUGAGAAAGAAGCUGUACCAGCCAUGCUGCAGAAAACUAACUAGAACAUGCGUCAAAUUCUUUAAUUACUACCAGCCGUUCACUUGUAUAACUCACCUUAAUAUUGUCAAUAUUCAAAUGAACUACAUUUGUAAGUCGCAUGAUGUCAAUGUUGCAAUGUUCCAUUUUCAGUGAUUAUACACAAUGUAGUGAAUAUCGAAUACCAUGUAUGUCGGUGAAGGUUAGACAUCCAGGUAAUGAGAUACGCCAAAAACAGCUACUAAAGCAACUGGAUAUGAUUUGGGAGACUGUCAGACUUUUAAGCAUGUAUGGAAGGGCCAAUGUGACAAUGAGACACAGAAACAAUGUGAGAGUAGGUAUUGACUCUUUGUAACUUAGAAUCAUAGAUACAUGUACUAUGUAUUAUCAAAUCAACAUUCACUUAAUCUAGACAAAAGAAACAUCAUUCUUACACCAAGAAAAGCAUUGUUUAUGCUCUAGCUCUGCUGGCGAAACUAGUACAUGUAUGUAACGGUCUAAGAGAUACAACUACUUUGCUGUUGGCAUAUUAUACACCUGAAUAUAAUUCAAUAGAUGUUCUACUAUAGUGUAUAUCAUUUUAGAUUCUGUCAUUGCUUAAUCUAAAUAUACUAGAUGAUUUAAAUGUAUUAUGUACAGGAAUGAACCUCCUGUCUACAACUGUAUAGGACUGAUAA